AUGGAGGGCGCGUUCACCCACGUGGGCAAUCACCUCAUUUCCGACUCAGCUGCGGCCAUCAAGGCCGAUGCUGACGAUCUCUCGGCGCUCGACCCUGACGAGGCUCUCCUUUACGGCAAAUAUGGCGGCCAGAGUGGCCGGCGCCGAGCCGACGACGACGACAACCAGACGGAAGCGUUUGAGGAGGACGAUAAUGACAGCCUCAAUAGCGUUCCCAUUGAUCAAAUGAUGGGCAUGAAAUUGAAGCACCCUGAGGAGGAGAAAGAACUCCCACCUCAUGCAUGCGCAUACUGUGGCAUUCACUCUCCGGCCUGUGUCGUCAAGUGUCUUACAUGCAACAAAUGGUUCUGCAGUGCUCGUGGCAGUGGUUCCUCGACCCACAUCGUCAACCAUCUAGUUCGCGCACGACACAAAGAAGUGCAACUGCACCCCGAAUCGACGCUCGGAGAUACCGUGCUGGAGUGCUAUAGCUGUGGAACGAAAAAUGCCUUCAUCCUUGGAUUUAUCCCCGCGAAAUCCGACGCCGUGGUCGUCUUGCUAUGCCGCCAACCCUGCGCCGCCGCCAACUCGAACAAGGACAUGAACUGGGACACGUCGCGAUGGGAGCCCCUCAUCGAGGAACGGGCAUUUUUGCCCUGGCUAGUGAACCCUCCAUCCGAUGCUGAACAGUUACGUGCCCGCCACCUGACGAUGAACACGAUUGCCAAGCUCGAAGAAAUGUGGAAGCAGGAGCCGGAUGCGACAAUCCAAGAUUUGGAGAAGGCCUCCAAUAUCGACGACGACCCUCUCCCCGUCCAGUUGACCUAUGAUGACCCCUACCACUAUCAAAACAUCUUUGGUCCUCUUGUUAAAAUGGAAUCCGACUACGAUAAGAAGCUCAAGGAAGCACAGUCGGAAGAUGGCUUGACCGUCCGCUGGGACUAUGCUCUCAACAACAAGCACAUUGCUAGCUUUAACCUACAGAAAAUCGAGUCGGGCGAUGUCAAACUCGCAGUCGGCGACGAGAUGCGACUGCGCUACACUGGCGAGCUCAGGGAGGAAUGGGAAGGAGUUGGAUACGUCAUCAAGAUCCCAAACAGCCAAUCUGACGAAGUUUGCCUCGAACUCCGCAAGACUGGCAACGACAAGCUGGUCCCCAUCGACCUCUCCCAUAACUUCUCGGCCGAUUACGUUUGGAAGGCCACGUCGUACGAUCGCAUGCAACUCGCCAUGAAGACAUUUGCCGUUGACGACAUGAGUGUUUCGGGAUACAUCUUCCACAUCUUGCUUGGCCACAUCUGCCAGCCGCCACCCAUGAAAGUCACGCUGCCUAAGAAGUGGUCUGCCCCCGGGCUUCCUGACCUGAACCAGGGCCAGGUGGAUGCAAUCAGGGCCGUUUUGCAGAAGCCUCUCAGCCUCAUCCAAGGACCUCCUGGAACCGGAAAGACUGUUACCUCUGCCACGAUCAUCUAUCACCUUGCAAAGAUGAGCGGCAGCCAAGUUCUCGUGUGCGCCCCGUCCAACGUUGCCGUAGAUCAACUCUGUGAGCGUAUACACCGCACAGGCCUCAAGGUGGUCCGACUUACGGCCAAGUCGAGAGAGGAUGUGGAGUCGUCUGUCAGCUUCCUGGCGCUGCACGAGCAGGUCCGCAUGUCCGAGCAUAAUAGUGAGCUCGUGAAGCUAUCGCAGCUGAAGGUCGAAGUCGGAGAACUUUCGAGCCAGGAUGAGAAGAAGCUAAGGCAGCUCACCAAGGCUGCCGAACGAGAGAUCUUGAGCAACGCAGACGUCAUUUGCUGUACCUGCGUCGGUGCGGGCGACCCGCGACUCUCCAAGAUGAAGUUUCGAAAUGUCCUGAUUGAUGAGUCUACACAGUCGGCCGAGCCAGAAUGCAUGAUUCCUCUCGUUCUCGGAUGCAAGCAGGUCGUCCUGGUCGGAGACCAUAAGCAAUUGGGCCCCGUUAUCAUGAACAAGAAGGCGGCCAAGGCUGGCCUCAACAGGUCUCUCUUUGAACGCUUGAUCAACUUGAAGAUCAACCCCAUUCCGCUAAAGACACAGUACCGCAUGCACCCGUGCCUUUCAGAGUUCCCUUCCAACAUGUUUUAUGACGGUACCCUCCAGAAUGGUAUUACCCACGAGCAACGAGUCCGAAAAGACGUCGACUUCCCCUGGCCCGUGACGGAGAUGCCCAUGAUGUUCUGGUCCAACAUUGGCCACGAGGAAAUUUCCACCUCUGGUACUUCGUACCUGAACAGAACAGAAGCGUCAAACGUGGAAAAGACAGUGACACGUUUCUUCAAGGCUGGUGUGAAGCCAUCCGAGAUUGGAGUCAUUACACCAUACGAGGGCCAGCGCAGCUACAUUGUUUCAACCAUGCAGAACUCCGGCACGUACAAGAAGGAGCUGUACAAGGAUGUGGAGGUGGCAUCGGUGGAUGCAUUCCAAGGCCGUGAAAAAGACUUUAUUGUCUUAUCUUGUGUCCGAUCCAACGACAACCAGGGCAUCGGAUUCUUGUCAGAUCCUCGCCGUCUCAACGUCGCUCUCACCCGAGCCAAGUAUGGUCUGGUUAUUCUCGGCAACCCCAAGGUUCUCUCCAAGCACGAGCUUUGGCACAACCUCCUUGCCCAUUUCAAGGAUCGCAAGUGCUUCGUCGAGGGACCCCUUACUAACUUGCAGGCAUGUCUGCUGCAGUUUAGCCGCCCAAGAGUGAGCUACCGCCAGAAGAGCAGCCAGCCGUCUCAGUACCCGGGUGCGAGGCAGCAAAAUGGCAGGCUCAACGGCGGUCCUCCCGGUCGUGACUUUGACGCCGGCUCCAUGGUUUCUUACAUCCCAGAUGACGUCUCCUCGAUCCAGGGCUCAGCUUUUGGAGGCGCAGCGCUCAACUCGGCUUUCCCACCGAUGUUCUCCAGCUUUGCGCCCGAGCAGUGGCCCGGCUUACCUGGAGUGUCGGCGCCGGGGCGAGGACACAAGGGCCGCAACCGAGCGCCCGAAAGCGUUGCUGGCGAAAGCGUGGCCAACUCUGAGCUGACGGAUGCCUCAGCCAGCGUCAUUGGUGCCAAGGGGAUUGGCCAAGGCGGCGUCAGCCUAGGCGCUGGCUUGCACGACGUUGUUACAGGAAUGCGAGCAGUCUCGUACAGUCAGAGCGACCGACUGAAGCAUUACGUGGAAAGCAGCGGCCGCAUGAACCUUGGGAGCGGCUAUGGGCGACGCUACGACGACGAUGAGAAAAGCAUCAGCACUGCCUUCCACAGCCAAAUUGGUGGAGGCUACGAUUGA